AUGCGCCCCGCCUUUGACCCCGCGCCCCCAGAAGCUUCUGACCCCGCCGCCUGCUGCCAGGCGUGCCGCGACACCGACGGCUGCGCCGCCUGGAGCUUCUGCGCCAAGCCAGGCGGCGGCUGCGGCGCGAAGGGCACGUGCGACGCGUACAUCUUGCGGCAGGCGCCGCGCGGGGGCAGGCCGGGGCCGGGGACGGGGCCGGGGCGGGGGCGGCAGGUGUACCCUGUGGAUUACUUCGGGUCUUUCAAUGAGAAAGUCAACUCGUGCACAUACGAGGGCCGCUGGCCCGAGAAGACGUGCACCCUGAGGGCCGCGGGGCCCAGUGCGCCGCAGGCGGUCGGGAGAGGCCCUGCCGCCGAGGGCUGGGUGUCUGGCUUCGUGGACCUGACCAAAGCGGCCGCACCCGGGUGCCCCCCCGGCUUCACCGCGGCCACCUGCUCGGCCUGCCUGGCAGCCAGGUUGCCGCCCGACUGCUUCGCCUGCCUUGCGCGCCCCCGCGGCUACGGGCCGGCCGCCCGCGCCGUCGAGGCGUGCGCGGCGUGCGCGAGCCUGGCCGAUAGCCGCCACCGCGCCAUGUGCGCGGCGUGCGUGGGGGACUUUGGCGCCGGGUCGGGCUGCGCGACGUGCCUGCUCCCCAGCAGUAGCAGCAGCAGCAGCAGCAGCAGCAGCAGCAGCAACGGCAGCGGCGGGUCGGGCGUUGAUUUGGAGAAAGCGGGCCGCUGCUUCCAGUGCGUGCUCGACGGCGGCGCCGCGCUGCGCGCCACGACUGCCUGCAGCGAGUGCUUCUUCUCCCGCACCGGUGCUCCCGUCGACGCGCCCGCCUGCCUCGCGUGCGCGCGCAACACGAGCCUGCCGGGCGCCGCGCGUGCCGGCUGCGGCGCGUGCCACGACGCGUCUGUCGGGGACCGCGGCGGCUGCCUCUCGUGCCUGGCCGCGAGGGGCGCGGGCGCCGCUGACACGGCGGUGGCGUGCGGCGGCUGCUCUCAGCCCGGGCUGGACCAGGUGGCUGCGCAGUGCUACGGGUGCCUCCAAACCGUGCCACCUACAUCUGCAUUCGCGUGCUCGAGGCUCGGACAGCUGCCCGGACGCGCCCCGCACCCGGACGCGCUCGCGCUGGCGCCCAUGUAUUAUUCAUGCCUCGCCGCCACCCGCGCCUCUGCCUCCGGCGCGGGCGACUGCGGCUCCGCGCUCGCCAUACCGCGCUUCGCCUACGCGCGGCGCGCCCUCGCGUGCCGCGGGACGCUCGGCACUGAAUCCGCGUCCUUCUGUGCACACUGCUGGAGCCCCGCCAAGCCGCCUGAGAUGGCGCAGGCUUGCGAGAGAUGCCUGGGGAGGACGCCCUAUGAAAGUGCCUUCACCGACUGCGUGUUCAGCAACGGGGCCGGCGGCGGCGGGCGGGCGGGCGGCAGCGGCAGCGGCAGCGGCGGCGGCAGCGGCAGCGGCGGUGGCAGCGGCGGCAGCAGCGGCGGUGACGGGCGGCAGAGCCCGUAG